AUGGAUAUCCUUCUCCCAUACCUACACACUGUCAUACUAGCUGCUAUAGUACUCUUUUCGUGCUAUCUGCUAAAGAGGUCUAAAUCUUCCAAGACCAAAUUAGCACCACAAGCUGGCGGUGCUUGGCCUAUCAUAGGUCACCUUCCCUUGUUAGCUGGAGCUGAGCUUCCCCACAUAAGAUUAGGAGCCUUAGCUAACAAAUAUGGACCUAUUUUUACCAUUAGGAUAGGGAUGUACCCAGCUUUGGUGGUUAGUAGCUGGGAGUUGGCUAAGGAACUAUUCACCACGAACGAUGCAAUUGUAUCUUCUCGCCCCAAACUCACUGGUGCAAAAAUUUUGGGAUACAACUUUGCGAAUUUUGGGUUCUCUCCAUAUGGUGAAUUCUGGCGGGGAAUGCGUAAAAUAACAGCGUCAGAGCUACUCUCCAACCGCAGACUUGAGCAACUAAAACAUGUUAGAACCUCUGAGGUUGAGGUUUCUGUUAAAGAUCUAUACAAGUUAUGGUACUCGAAGGAUAAAAAUGAAGCAACCCAAGUUAUGGUUGAAUUGAAGCAGUGGGUUGGUGACAUAAAUUUAAACGUGAUACUUAGGAUGAUUGCAGGAAAACGAUACUACGGCGCUGGUGUUGUGACUGACGAAAAUGAGGCCCGACGAUGCCAGAGAGCGAUGAGGGAGUUCUUUCACUUGACUGGGUUGUUUGUGUUAAGGGACGCAGCUCCAUUUCUUGGGUGGUUGGAUUGGGGUGGACAUGAGAAGGCCAUGAAGAAAAAUGCUGAGGAAUUGGACAGUAUUGUUGACCAGUGGUUAGAGGAGCAUCGCAGGAAGAAAGAUUCUGCAGGUGAAUCCGCUAACAAAGAGGAAGACUUCAUGGACGUGCUGCUAUAUGCUCUUGAUGGCAUCAACUUGGCUGGUUAUGAUGCUGAUACCGUUCGCAAAGCCACAUCUCUGUCUCUCAUUGGCCAACAUUUUGAGCUCCUCCCAUUUGGUGCCGGUAGAAGAGCUUGUCCUGGGAUGAAUUUUGGACUCCAAAUGAGUCAUUUAGUGCUGGCAAGUUUCCUCCAAGCUUUUGAAGUCUCGCCUCUAUCAAAUGCAACAAUUGAUAUGACUGCAACUGCUGGGCUAACAAGCAGCAAGGCUACUCCCCUUGAGGUUCUAAUCAAGCCUCGCUUGCCUGCUUCUGUUUAUGAAUAG